AUGGCUCCUUCCGCUGCAGAGGAGGAACAGAACGCUACUGGACUCGCUGCUCGAUCUGUCGCAGCCGCUCAAACAGCAUGGCGGCUCAAGGCGUUCAUUCCGACUGUGUUGAGGACGACAGCGAGCUACUACAUCUGGGGCCCUCCGCAAGAAUCGUGGCCCAUCUCUAUCGCGCUUUUCACAGCCCUAGCGCGCUACCAAGCCGCCUCCUCCGCCGCCGAGCGUCGGCUCAACCACGACCCUUCGAAACCGCUCGAUCCCGCGAGGGUUAUGCAGGCUAGUCGGAAGAGGCUGGAGCGGUGGAUGGGCGGAGGAGGUCAGCCGAAGGGAGGGGCCGCGUGGGAGAUGGAUGUGCAGGUGAAGAAGAGGGAGUUGAAAGGCGCUUUGGAGGAGGCGGAUUCGCGGGAGACGGGGGAACGGAGUUUCAAGGCUGAAUGGGUUGCGCACCGCUCGCUCCUGACAGGCGAGAGGCAGCCGGAGCAGAAGGUCAUUCUUUAUGCGCACGGAGGAGCGUAUACGCUCCUGUCGCCCAAGACGCAUCGUGCGCUGCUGUGUCAGAUCUCGAAGGAGACGGGCGCACGAGCUCUCUCCAUCGACUACCGCCUCUCGCCCGAGACCAAGUUCCCUGGCGCACUGCACGACGCCGUCUCGGCCUAUCUCUAUCUCACACAAGACCUGAACAUUCCCGCCGGCAACAUCCUCGUCAGCGGUGAUUCAGCAGGCGGCAACCUCGUCACCGCUUUGAUGCUCUACCUACGCGACGAGAAAAUUCCGCAGGUUGGAGGCGCGAUCUUGCUUUCGCCGUGGGUGGACUUGACGUCUAGCUUGGCGAGCUGGGAUGAGAACAAGGAGUUCGACUACCUCUCGCUCGAAGACGACCCGCACAACCCCGACCCGCUCAACCCGCCGCGCCUCUUCCUCCCAGCCGAGCCCGACUUUUCCAAGCUCCUCAUCCACCCUUACGUCUCCCCCGCUCUCACCGCCGACCUCUCCAACUUCCCUCCGCUCCUCGUCCACUCCGGCGGCGUCGAAACCCUCCGCGACGAGCAUUCGCUCUUCGCGCAACGAGCCGCGCGUGCAGGAGUCGACGUAACGCACGAGAUCUUCCGCGACGGGGUUCACGUCUUCCAAGCGCUCGCAAUGAUGUCCUCUGCGACUGCGGCGUUGCAGGCGAUAGGCGAGUGGGCGAAGGACCGGCCUGCGAGGAUUGAGAAGGUCGAUGAGGAGAAGGUGUUUGGGGAGAUUGACGCGCGGCUCAAGCAGGCUUGGGAUGGGCGGGAUCGGAAGGCCAAGGGGGAGCAGGGGCAGAAGCAGGGCAAGAGGGAGAAGAAGGCGGAACGGGUCGCCAAGUUCACGUACGAGCGGGUCGUCGAAGAGGCGCCGCCCAUCCGGUUGCGCAAGUCGGCGCACGAGGCGGCGAAAAAGGCGGUAGAGGAGAACGAGCAUUAUAAGCCAAAGGAGGGACUCACGACGGUGUUUAUGGCGAAGAAGGCGCCGUCGCCCGGCGUCCUGGGGAGGCUCUUCGGCUCGUCGCACUUGUAG